UCGCGUUCAGGUGUUUUCAGUGAAUCUCGCCUGAGUUACAAUGAGCGUUGCAGCGGAAUUUUUGGCCACUUCGUACAACUUGCUGUUGUAUUUUGGUUGGUUUUUGUGUGUACUUGCCGGAUUUUUGACAAUUUAUCACUAUGUGUUUCAAUCUACGCGUUACGCGAAACUGGGGAACAAACUUCCAGAACUUCCUUUUACUCUUCCGAUUCUAGGAAAUGUGCUCAUAGUGCUGAGUAAAACCCCAACAGAAAUUUUGGAGUAUGCGUUAAAAGUAUACAAAGAACAAGGAGGAACCAUCGCGAGAUUGUGGGCCAUUAACAGAUUACUGGUGAUUUUGGGUGACCCACGAGACCUGGAGAUAAUCCUGGGAAGCAACUCCCACUUGGAAAAAAAUCCAGAAUACAGUUUUUUCGAGCCUUGGUUGGGGGAUGGCCUUCUCAUAAGCAAAGGAGAGAAGUGGAGGACCCACCGGAAAAUGAUAGCCCCCACGUUCCACCAAUCCAUCCUCAAGACUUUCAUGCCCGUGUUCAACAAAAACGCCAACGACUUAGUUGAAUUGUUGAGGAGCGAAGUGCUUGGGAAAAUCUGCGACGUCCACGACUACAUGAGCGGGACUACCGUGGACGUCCUCUUAGAAACCGUCAUGGGUGUCAAGAAAACUCAAGAAUCAAAAUCGAGCUUCGCCUACGCCAAAGCCGUCAUGGACAUGUGUAGCAUUAUUCACUUUCGACACGUUCGACUAUGGAUGCACUCGGACUUCAUCUUCAAGUUCACCAAACUUUUCAAACAACAAGUUUCGCAUUUGAAGACCAUCCACACGUUAACCGACACGGUCAUAAAAAAAAAGAAACUGGAGUUCGUCGACCGGAAGGAGAAAGGCGAUGUGAGUUUGUACGAAGCCGCUGUUAAAGAAACAGAAGACGAAAACCAAAACACGAUGAGAGACCAAGGCUUGAGUUACGGGAGCGCCCUUCGGGACGACUUAGACGACAACGAUGACAACAUGGGCGAGAAAAAGCGGUUGGCGUUUUUGGACUUUAUGGUAGAGGCGAGUCACACUUUGAAGAACAAGUUAACUGACCAAGAAAUCCGGGACGAAGUUAGCACGAUCAUGUUCGAAGGCCACGACACGACGGCGGCGGCUUCCAGUUUCUUUAUUUGCGUUCUAGGGGCUUAUCCCGACAUCCAGGAGAAGGUUUACCAAGAAAUGAGGGAUAUUUUUCAGGAUAGUGACCGCCCGGUUACGUUCAGCGACACUCUAGAGAUGAAAUAUCUGGAGAGGGUGCUCCUGGAGACUUUAAGGAUGUACCCGCCGGUUCCUGUUAUCGGUAGAAUUAUCCGCGAGGAAGUUAAAUUAGCUUCCGGAGACUAUAUUCUACCGAAGGGUACCACUGUGGGGAUCCCGCAACUUCUGAUUCAUCGCAAUGCUGAAUACUAUCCGAAUCCUGAAAAGUUCGACCCUGAUAAUUUCCUACCCGAAAGGUGUCAACAGAGGCCAUUUUAUAGUUUUAUUCCUUUCAGUGCCGGCCCCAGGAGUUGCGUUGGGAGAAAAUACGCAAUGUUGAAGCUCAAAGUUCUGCUGUCUACUGUCGUUCGCAAUUUUAAGGUUAAGUCUGUGGUGGACCCAAAAGAUUUUAAGUUGCAAGCAGACAUUAUUUUGAAGAGGUCGGACGGCUUUCACGUUAUUUUAGAAAAUAGAAAUUAAUGUUGUUGUUGUUUGUUGAAACAGAAUUUUAGUUGUAUUUAGGUUUAGCAACUGGAAACUUGAAACUUGAACUAGUUUAGUGAACAAUAAAUUAUGCAAUCAUGAA